UCCUCUCCCCUGGAGUUGAUUUGGACUGCUCUCUGGAACAGGUCUUGGAGGAAACUCCAAGGUGAAACAGAAAGAGAUGAAAGGGAGACACGUUUAGACAAGUUCAUGAAGGGAUUGUUUCAGAUUUGCAUGCCGGGUGCUAAACGAGCUUUGAAGGACAGGUUUCUUUGAAAGUAAGGGCAGGAUGGAGGGGGAGUAUGGGCAGGGAAGGAUCAGGGAGCUGCAGGAGCAGAGGAUGGCUGUUCAGAAGAAGACCUACACCAAUUGGAUCAACAAUGUCUUCUCCAAGAACAGGGUGCACAUCUUCAUCAAGGAUGUAUACACCGAGCUGAAGAGUGGGAUCUACCUGAUCCGCCUGCUGGAGCUCAUCUCCGAGACCAAGCUGCCCACUCCCAGCCAGCGGGACAUGAGAGUGCACUACCUGGAGAACAACAGCAUAGCCAUCAAGUUCCUCAAGACCAAGAUUAAAGUAGAUCUGAUUGGCCCAGAGAAUAUCGUUGAUGGGGACCGGACACUGAUACUUGGAUUGAUCUGGAUCAUCAUCCUGCGUUUCCAGAUUGCUACAAUCACCCUAGAAGAGGAUGAGUUUGGUGCCAGUGCGGCCCGCCGCUCUGCCAAGGAGGCCCUGCUCAUCUGGUGCCAGCGCAGGACAGCGGGGUACCCCAGUGUCGACGUGCGGGACUUCUCGGGCAGCUGGAGAGACGGCCUAGCCUUUAACGCCCUCAUCCACGCUCACCGGCCUGACCUGUUUGACUACAGCCGGCUCCGGCAGGACCAGGCUCUGCAGAACCUGAACCAUGCCUUCGGCGUGGCCGAGAGAGAGCUGGGCGUCUCGCGGCUCCUCGACGCAGAAGACGUGGCGGUGCCCCAGCCGGACGAAAAGUCCAUCAUGACCUACGUGUCCCUUUUCUACCACUACUUCUCCAAGAUGAAGCAGGGUCAGACCGGGCAGAAGAGGAUUGCAAAGAUUGUGGGGCUGCUGAAGGAGAUUGACGACCUGAAGUUGCAGUAUGAGAGGAUGGUGUCAGAGCUUCUCAAGUGGAUCAAGACCAAAGUGAUGGAGCUCAACGACCGCUUGUUCCCUAAUUCAUUACAUGGCGUGCAAAGGCUGGUCGCUGUCUUCAAGACAUACCGCACAGUGGAGAAGCCGCCCAAAUACCAGGAAAGGGGAGCCAUCGAGGCUCUUCUCUUCAACCUGAAGACUAAGUUGAGGGCCAACAACCAGAAGGCCUACAUGCCGCCCGAAGGCAAGACGCUGGGGGAUGUGGAGAAGCACUGGAAGCUGCUGGAGAAAGCAGAGCACGAGCGGGAGCGCGCCCUGCAGGGGGAGCUGCUGAAGCUGGAGCGUCUGGAACAGCUGGCACAGAAGUUCGGCCGCAAGGCGUCCCUGAGGGAGGGCUACCUGGCUGACACCGUGGACCUCCUCCGCAAGCAGGACUUCCGGGCCUUCAGCUCCCUGGAGGAGGCCGAAGCUGCCAGCCGCCGCCUGGAGGCCCUCAACACAGACGUCCAGGCCCGCGAGCAGAGGUUCCGUGCGCUCAGCGACAUGGCCGCCAUCAUCGAGAAGGCAAACUAUCACAGCAAGGUCCAGAUCACUAAGAGACAGGAAGAAAUUGACCGGCAUUGGAAACAUCUCCUCCUUCAGCUGAAGAAGUACCAGGAGAGCCUUAGGGGAGCAGUGCAAACGUUGGCACUGUUUAGAGAUAUUGAGGUGGUGUCCCAGGACCUUCAGGAGCUGCAGGUACAGGCCAGCUCGGCAGAUGUCGGGAGGCAGCUGCAUGAUGUUGUGGCACUGCUGCAGAAGCAGGACCUCCUGGACUCCCAGAUCACCUCUCACGGAGAGACUUUGCGCAGUAUCAGCCGGCAGGCUGGAGCAGGCCGGCACAGUGACCCUAAGCAGGUCCAGACCCGGAUACAAGCUCUCAAUACCCAGUACCACAACCUGGUGUCCCAGAGCAAGAGCAGGAGCCAGGCACUACAAGAACAGCUGAAGCUGUUUGAGUUUUUCCGGGACUGUGAGGAGGUGGAAUCCUGGAUCUACGAGAAGUGGCAGGUGGUGCGCACAGCCACCCUGGGCCGGGACCUCAGCCAAAUCCUCCUCACCAUCCAGAAGCACAAGGCUCUGGAGGCUGAGGUGCAAUCCCAUGAGACUCUCUGCACUUCUGUGAUUAAGAGAGGUCAGAACCUCUGCAAGAAAAGGCACCCCAGUGAGCGGGAUAUCCAGAAGUGGACUGAGGCCUUACAGAAACAGUGGCAGCAGCUAAAAGACGAAGUAGCCAACCGCAAAACCCGACUGGAGGCUGCCAGCAUCAUCAAGCAGUACUUUGCUGACGUGAACGAGGCAGACUCCUGGCUGCGCGAGCGGCACCCUCUGCUUACCACUGAGGACUGUGGGAAGGACGAGUCCAGCGCUGACGCCCUGCUGCAGCGCCAUCUGCGGCUGGAAAAGGAGGUUGUAGCAUAUGCCUCUGAGGUGAAGAGGCUGGGAGAGCAGGCCAAGAUCGCCGCCCUGCAGGCUCCUCUCACUGCAGAGCCCCAGGAGAAUAAGAACGCAAGAGACAGCCCAUCCUCAGAGGAUGAAGACAAGGGUGCUGAAAGAGGGAGGCCUGCAACCCGAAGAGCAGGCAGGGUCACCCAGGUGGCCCCCAGGAUGCAGGAGGAAGCUCAAGCUCACAUUGGACAGGCCAAGAUCAGAUUCAAAUACAGAGGUGAGAAGGUCACUCUGGACAAAGGAGAGAUGGUGGAGGUCUUGAAUAAACCCAACAAGGAAAACUGGCUGGUGAAGGACAGCAGGGGUCAUGAACUCUUGGUCCCUGUCUUCUACAUCACUGAGCUCCAGGCCAAGGUGCAGCCUGUGCCUCCAGCUCUGAAGAAUGGGGUUCUGGAGAGCCCACCUCAGAAGGUCAGCCGGCCUCGGCGUAGUCGCUCCAUGCGCCGCGGGACCACAGAGAUCCAAUCCUCCUCAGUGCCAGACCCACACUUUCAGAAGGACACCAUCGCUAGCACACAGAGUGUCCUUGACAGUGACUUCCACAGCCUCUGUAGGAUGGCUCAGUCCAGGAGGAAAGCCCUGGAGGAGAUGAUCCGGCUGCACCGCUUCUACAGCGCCUGCCACGGGUUCGAGUCCUGGAUGGAUGACAAGGAGAAUGUCCUCAACACUUUCCAGUCCAAUUCGGAGAAUGUGGAGGCCAUGCAGGUCAAGUAUGAGAACUUCCUGACGGAGCUUGCUAGCGGGAAGGGACGGCUUGAUGGCCUCACCCAGCUGGCAGACGAGCUGGUGAAAAGCAGGCACAGCAAGCAGGGGGAGAUCUUGUCAAGACAGAGCCAGGCCAACCGCAGGUGGGAAAGAAUGCAAAAGCUGAAGGAUGAGAAGGCACGAGAGCUGCUGGGGAAGGCAGACGUCAAGUCCUUCCUGCAGAGCUGUCAGGAUGCCCGGGUCCUGCUGGAGGAGAAGAGGACCCAGCUGGAGGGCCCUGACAUGGGCACCUCGUCAUCUGCCCUGAAGACAGAGCAGCGCAGACACUCGCAGGUUGAACGUGAGAUCCAAGCUUUAGAGAGGAAGAUUGAGUACCUGAAAAAUGUAGCCCAAAUGAAGAAAGACUCAAGCCCAGCAGAGAGUGAAGCCAUCAUGGAGGAGGUGCGCAGCCUGGAGAGGCUGCUGGGGAGGGUGAAGGAGGGGGCCAGGCAGAGGCACAGGAAGCUGGACGAGGGCGUCCGCAGGCAGCGCUUCCUCCAGGAGAGCCGGGAUUUGCUCCUGUGGGCGGAGGCCAUGCGCGAGCAGCUGGAUGGAGAGGAGAGCGCCUCCGACGUGGCAUCUGCCCAGAGACUGCUCAAGGAGAACCAGGACCUCCGCAAGGAGCUGGACUCCCAGCGGGAGAGGAUGAAGGCGAUGGAGGAGCUCGGGAAUUCCCUGGCCCACUCCUCUCCGGCCAACGCCAGCGAGGUCCGCCAGACACAGGGCAAGCUGGCACGCGAGUGGGCCGAACUGGACAAACUGUGGGUGAAGAGGAACAGGCGGCUGGAGGAGGGAGUGGAGCUGCAGACGUUUAACCGCGAGGCCGAUCGGGUCGAGGCGGCGCUGUCCAGCCACGAGGCCCGGCUGAGAGUGCAGGAUCUCGGGGACUCCGUAGACAGUGUCCACAGCCUACUUGGGAGACAGGAGGAGCUGGAGAGUCUGCUGAACACACUGGAUCAGAGGAUAGGACUCUUGCAGGACAGGGGCAAAGACCUUACUCGCAAAGGCCACUUCGCUGCCAAACAAAUCCAGCAGAGGGCGCAAGCUAUCCAGCAGAAGAGGGAUGAACUGGGAGAGAGAAGCAAGCAGAGGAAGACGAUGCUUCUGGCCUCGAAGAAUUUUCAGGAGUUUAACCGGGAUGCAAGCGAGCUCCUGAUGUGGAUGGACGAGAAGUUCAAGAUCGCUGAGGACGAGUCGUAUCGCGACCCCACCAAUGUCCUGCGCAAGCUGAAGAGACACGAGGCGGCCGAGAGAGAGAUGCUGGCCAAUCAAGUGCGAGUGGACACGCUGAAAGAAAAGGGGCAGGGGCUGCUGGCGCAGAGUCCCUACCAACGCCAGGCCAUCCAGGACAGGACGGAGGAGGUGUGCUCCAGGUGGGAGGAGCUCCAGCGGAAGAUGACGGACAGGGGGGACAAGCUGAGGCAGGCCGGCCAGCAGGAGCAGCUGAUGGAGCUGCUGCAGGAUGCCAGGGUGAAAAUCGAGGCCCUCGAGAGGAUGCUGCGGGACGCUGGGAAGGGUCACGACCUGCGCUCCAGCCGGCAGCUGCUGAAGGAGCACCGCGAGCUGGAGAAGGAGGCGCAGGAGCUCGCCGACAAGAUGAACGCCAUCGUCAGCCGGGCCAGGAGCAUGGCCACGGACCACUUCGACUCCGACCGCAUCCUGCAGGAGACCGAGAAGUACCUGACAUGGUUUGAGUCUCUGCAGGGCCCGCUUGCACACCGGAGGACCCAGCUGGAGACGUCCGUGGCCCUGUUUGAAUACUAUCAUGACGUGGACUUUGAGCUGAACUGGAUCUCAGAGCGCCUCCCUCUGGCCAUCUCCACUAACUACGGGAAAUCUUUGGCCAGCGCACUGAGCCUGCUGCAGAAACACAAGGACCUGCAGGCAGAGGUGAACGCCCACAGGCAGCAUGUCAGCCGCGUGCUGAAGAAGGGGGGCGUCAUGGCCGAGUCGCGUCAGUUUAGGGCCGAGGACGUUCUGGAGAGGAGCCGGGAGCUGAAGCUGGAGUGGGGGAAGCUGGAGAAAGCCUGCGAGGACAGGGCUUCCUGUCUCCACUGGGCUGUCACCCACCAGCAGAUUGUGCUGGAUACCGCCGAACUGGAGGCCUGCGUGUCGGAAACGCUGCCCCUGGUCAGCAGCGACGACUAUGGCAAGAACGAGCAGGCCACUCUCAGCCUCAUCAAGAAGCACAAGGUGGUCGGCGGGGAGGUCGAGGCGCUGUGUGAGCAGGUGGGCGAGCUGCGUCACAGGGCGGAGCGAGCCUCACAGGAGAGAGGGCAGAAGGGCUUCGAUGAGGUGGACUGGCCUCAGGACCGCCUGCAGAGCCAGCUGGGCAAACUGCAGCACCUCGCCGCAAUCAGGUCCCAGCGACUGGAGGAGGCGUUCCGAUUCCACGAGUUCAGCCGCGAGUCCGGGGAGCUGGAGGACUGGAUCGCUCAGCAGAGACAGGCUGCAUCCUCCGAGGACUAUGGGAAUGAUUACGACCAUGUGCAGCACCUGCAGGGGAAGUUCGAUGUGCUCCAGAGGCAGCUGGAGGUGGGCACGGAGAGGGUACACAGCUGCCAGGGACUUGCUGAUUCGCUUAUCUUGCACGGGCACCCGCAGGCUCGCCAGGUUCAGGAGCUGCAGGACCGCCUCAGGCGCUCCUGGGAGGAACUGCUGGAGUUGGCCCGGGUUCGAGGGGAGAAGCUGCAGGAUGCUGAAGAAUAUCACAGAUUCUACCGAGACCUGACAGAUGCCCUGAACCACAUAGAGGAAAAGUACAAGAGCAUUCCCGACGACAUUGCGAAGGACCUGAGGGGGGUUUUGGCGCAGCUCCGCAAGCACGAGGCGCUGGAGCACGAGCUGGCCGGCAACGAGCAGCAGCUGCAGGAGCUGCUGGACUCUGUGGAGCCCAUCCUGGAGCGCUGCUCCCAGGAGCAGGCCUCUUUGCUGCAGGACCGGCAGCAGGCGGUGGUGGAGCGCUGGGAGAAGCUGCGGGCUCGGGUGGAGCAGCGGCGCGAGGAUCUGGAGCAAGCUAGCCGCCGCUACCGCUUCCUCAACACGGUGCAGGACUACUUCCUCUGGUGUGCUCAGGUACUGAGCUACAUGAAGGCAGAGGUGUCCAUCCGGGACGUGUCCACCAGCAACAUGCAGCUGAUGCAGCACCAGCAGCUCUGGGCCGAGAUACAGGCCCGUGAGGAGACCUUCCACCAGGCAGUCACAAUGGGCCAGGAGCUGCUGCAGGAGGAGAUUCCUGCUCCCAAGGAGGUCAGGGACAAGCUCGGAGCUCUGCAUGCGGAAAGAGCAAAGCUGCAGGAGCACUGGAAUUGUAAGAAGCUCUGGCUGGAGGCCACCUUCCUGGAGCAGGUCUUCUACAGAGACAUUGCCCACAUGGAGAAGCUCAUGAACACACAGGAGAUCCACCUGAAAAGCAGUGAUCUUGGAGCUUCUGUAGAUGAGACAGAGAGGCUCAUUAAACGUCACGAGGCCUUCGAAAAGCUGCUGAGCUCCCAGGAGGAGAAGGUAAAAUCACUCCAAGAGCAAGCUGAGAGGCUGAAGAAAGAGGACGUUAAAAAGGAGAAUGCAGCGCACAUUCAACACAAGCUAAAGGCUGUUCUGGAAAGGAGGAGUCGCAUCAAGGAGCUGUCUGCACGACGCAGGGAGGAGCUGUCCACAGCCAGGCUGUUUUCUGUCUUCAACAGAGACCUGGCAGAGGCGGAGGGAUGGAUUUCAGAGAGAAUGCAGAAGAUGCAGGAUGAUUCCAAGAAGGACCUGAGCGACCUGCAGGUUAAGAUGAAGCUGUUGCAGAAACACCAGGCUUUCGAAGCAGAGAUCCUGGCCCACGAGGAGAUCAUCACUUCUGUCCUGAAGACAGGAGAAGAGCUGGUCACGUUACGCCAUCCCAAAUCCUCUGAGGUGCGCCGGGGUGCCAGAGUGCUUAAUGACCACUGGGAGGCGCUGAAGAGGGCAGUGGCAGCAAGAGGAAAGGUGCUGGAGGACAAUAGGGACUUCCUGGAGUUUCUGCAGAAGGUGGAUCAGGUGGAGGCCUGGAUCCGACAGAAGGAGGUGAUGAUAAAUGUGGGAGAUGUUGGAGAGGAUUAUGAACAUGGCCUGCAGCUGCUGAAGAAGCUCAAUGAGUUCAGAGGGACAGGCUCAGGGGAAGUAACAGUGGACGAUGCCCACAUCAAGGCCAUCAAUGCUCUGGCUGCGCGGCUUGAGAGACAGCACAAAGAGGAAGUGACCACUGUACGCCAGCGCAGACAGCAGAUGAAUGACAGAUGGAGCAGUUUCCACGGCAACCUGAGCAGGUACAGGAAAAAGCUGGAGGGGGCGCUAGAGGUCCAUGCACUGAUCAGAGAGCUGGAGGAGCUCCGGGAGAGGUCGGGGGAGAAGAGCUUGCUGAUGCAAGGGCUGGACUAUGGGCAGGAUGUGCCGAGCGUGGAGAACCUGAUUCGUCGGCACGAGGAGACCGAGCGAGAGAUUGGCAUCAUCCAGGAGAAAGCAGCGGCCCUGGAGAAGGAGGCUAAGACCAAGGUGAAGACCCAGCCAGUGAUGGCAGAAAAGCUGAACAGAAAGCAGAAAGAGAUGAGAGAUGCCUGGCUGAAACUGGAGAAAGAGGCGAAAGUGAGGAAAGAGAAGCUGCAGGCGUCUCUCCAGCUGCAGAUGUUCAAGGCAGACCAGCGCCCUCUAUUGGACUGGGUCCUCAAAGUCACCACACAGAUGGGUGAAAGUGGGCUGCCUAAGAACAAGGCAGAAGCUGAGCAGUUCAUUGCAGAGCACCAGAACACAAAGGCAGAGAUAGAUGCACGUGGAGACCGCUUUGAUUCUGUGAAGAAUUUGGGCCAAGGUCUGGUCAGGUCUGGUCACUAUGCAUCCUCAGAGAUCCGUCAAGCACUCAGCAAACUGGACGAAGCUCGGACUGGACUGAACCGGGUUUGGCAGGACCGUAGCCAGAAAUUGGAUCAGGCUCUGGAGCUCCAGGUUUUCUAUGGCUGUGUGGAACAGUGUGAGAGCUGGCUCAGCAACAAGGAGGCCUUCCUGGCCAAUGAAGACCUUGGGGACUCCCUGUCUGGGGUGGAGACUCUCCAGAGGAAGCAUGCCCUGUUCGAGAAGGCAGUGGAGGCUCAGCUUGAGAACGUGGAGACAGUGGAGAGAUUCGCCCGGCAGCUUGUGCAGAAACGACACCCCCACUCCGGCGACAUUCAGAGCAAGAGUAAAGCAGUGCUGCUCAGGAAGGAGAAGUUAAUGGAGAACAGCGCAAUUCGCAGGAGGAGGUUGGAGGAUUCACUGCAGCUCCAGAAAUUCUUGGGCAGCAGUUAUGAGGUGUGCUCCUGGCUUAGUGAGAAGAACACAGUGGCUUUGGAUGAGAGCUGGAGAGACCCUACUAACCUACAGGCCAAGCUGCAGAAACACCAGAGCUUUGAGGCUGAGAUCCUGGCCAAUCAUAACCGUGUGGAGGCUCUUACCAAGGAAGGAGAGAGGAUGCUGGGAUCUGGCCAUUACGCCCAUGAUCAGAUCAGCCCCAGACUGCAGGACCUGCAGGGCAGCUGGGAACAACUCCUGAGCAACUGCAAGGAGAAGAGGUCUCGGCUGCAGGAGGCCUAUGAGGCGCUGCAGUUCCAGCGCUCCCUGGAAGAUGUGGAGGACUGGCUGGCCUCUGUGGAGUCCGAGCUGUUGAACACAGACAACGGGUGUGACCUGCCCGCGGUCUCGCGGCUCCUGAAAGCCCUGCAGGGGCUGGAGGAGGGAGUGGAGGGCCACGUGGAGAGGAUCCAGGGGCUGGUGGAUGCAGCCAAAGAUUUUCGUGCCAAGGGCAACUUCCUGGCCGAGGAGAUCCAGAGGAGAGUGGGGGAGACCGUGUACCGAUAUAACAGCCUGGCUGAGCCCCUUCAGGCCCGCAGGGAGACCCUGGAGGCGUGGCAGCUCCUCUUCCAGCUGUACCGGGACAUGGAGGAGGAGCUGGUCUGGGUGAGAGACAAGCUGCCCUCUGCCUACUCCCAGGACUGGGGCAGCUCGCUACACGGCACCCAGACGCUGCUCAAGAAACACCAGACGCUGCAGGAGGAGAUAGCCAGCAGGGACCCCCUGGUGCGUGCGGUGCUGGAGGCCGGGAACACAAUGGUGAAGGCCAGACACUUUGCCUCCAAGGAGAUCCGCGAGAGGCUGGCAGAGCUGAAGGAGGCCGUGGAGAGCCUCAGAAGGGAGGCAGAGCACAGGGGCAGGGGGCUGCAGGAGGCUCUGGAAAUCCAAGUAUUCCUUGCUGAGCUGUCGGAAUUAGGAUCGUGGAUGGAGGAACGGCGCCCGGCGCUGGAGUGCUCGGAUUAUGGGAAGAGCGAGGAAUCGACCCAAGCUCUGCUCCGCAAACUUGAUUCUGUGGAUCUGGAUCUGGAAAGCCAACGGCCCAAACUGGAGUCCCUGCAGGAGACUGGAGCCAAAUUGGAGCGCUAUGGGCAUCCCAAUAGCCAUCUGGUGAAUGAGAGCCUGCAGCCCGUAUGGGACCAGUACCAGAGUCUGCAGCAGCUGUCCGCAGAGCGCCGAGCGGCACUGGAGGAGCAUUGCCGGGUCUAUGAGUUUGAGAGGGAGGCCCGAGAGCUAGCCAGCUGGCUCAGUGCACAGAGAAGCACAGCAGAGUCUGAGGAGUACGGCCAGGACCUGGAGGAUGUGGAGGUGCUGCAGAAGAAGUUUGAAGAUUUCUCCUCAGAGGUGAGCACACUGGGUCACAGCAGAGUGAGGUCCGUUCUGCAGCUGGGGCAGAAGGUGAGGUCACCUGAGUGCCAGGAGAGAGAGGCGGAGCUCUGCAAGCUGUGGGAGGAGCUGCUGCAGACCAUAGAGGCAAGAGCUGAGAACCUGAGGUCUGCACGCGAGGUGCACCAGUUCGACCACGACGUGGAUGAGCUGAAGGGCUGGAUGAGCGAGAAGGAGGCCGGGCUGAGCGCCGAGGACCACGGCCACGACCUGCUGGGCGUGCAGGCCCUGCUGCGGCAACACGACGGCCUGGAGAGGGACCUCGCCGCUAUCGGGGAGGAAGUGUCCCGGACGAGAGAGAAGGGGGCUGUGCUGGGCCACAGGUAUCCUCAGGUGAGGGACAGCUUGGAGGAGAGGCUGGAGGAGGUGGAAGAGGCCUGGCAGAGCCUGCAGAGGAAAGCCAGCGUGCGGAGAGAGAGACUGGGCCAAGCCGAGACUGCGCAGAGAUACUUCAUUGACUGGAGGGAGCUAGUAGCCUGGCUGAAGGAGAGCCUGUCGCUGGUGCAGGGGGAGGGGCUUAGCGGGGAAGGCGGGGACGUCGAGCAGCACCUGAAGAGACACGAGGAGCACCACCGCGAGAUUGACAGGCAGCUUGACAAAUCACAGGCCGUGAAGGAGGAAGGACGCCGCCUCAUCGAAAGUGGGAACUUCAUGAGUGAGGAGGUGGAGGAGAAGCUGGCGGAGCUGGAGGAGCUGGAGGAGAGGCUGGGGCAGGGCCGGAGGGAGCGGCAGAGGCUGUACGACGAGGAGCUGGAGGUGGAGCAGCUGCGCCGGGGGCUGGAGCAGGCCGAGCGGUGGCUGAACGCCCACGAGGCCGCGCUGAGCGCCGACGUCUACGGGGACUCGGUGCCUGACGUCCUGGAGCUGAUGAAGAGACAGGAGGACCUGGAGACCAUGCUGACUGCGCAGGAGGAGAGAUUCAAGCAGUUAGAGGAGAAGAGGACCAAGAAGGAGCAGAGGCUGCAGCAGCUCCAGGGCCAGGAGGGCGAGGGUUCGAAGCCCACCAGGGUCACCUCUCUGCGGAGGAAGCUGUCGGACCGACGCCCUGCAGGACCCACCAAGUCUCCCACGCCCAAGCUGCCCUCUCUGCCGCCUCCCCGCAGUCAGCCCCCGAGAUCCAGCCACACAGACACCGUCGUGUCUCCCGUCCGGCGCUCCCUGAGGUCUCCCGCGGAGGCCACCCCCCCCUCUCCCCACCCCAGGCCGCUGGGGCUCCACGCUGUGAAAGACCCCUCCCCGACCUCCCCUCAAAAACCCCCUCUCCCUCCCAAACCGGCGGUGCCGCAGUCCCCCGUUUCCCCGCCAGCAAAUCCCGGAACCCCCACCUCUCCCGUGCAUGUCCUCGCUCGCUCGUUCUCCUCCCCGCCCCCAGCGCCCGGACUGCCGUCUCAUCCCGGUGCCACGCGACGCUCUGCCCUGCCAUCCACGGCAGGCCUCGGCCCUCCUCCGCCCCAUUCUCCCUCUCCGGGAGGCGGACCCCCAGAAUCCCCUUCCCCGGCUCCGCCUCCGCUGCCUCGUCGCCCCAGGGCUCUGGACGGAGGAGGAGAGGAGCCACCCAAAGUCAAGGCUCCGCAAUCAGAGCAGGACAGUGACAUUGCCCAGCUGGAGGGACCCCUGGAGGUCAAACAGAAACUUCUUGCUGAUGGGAAUAAGACCUCUGCUCUUCCAUGGGGCUUUUUCUACACUGUCCUGGACACAGACACCCUGAUCUUGUACAGAGACCUGGAAGAAGCGACCACGGAGUCUUCGAGCUUGCCUCCUAUUUGCACUGUGGGAGCAGUUUGUGAUGUUAUUCCAAACCACAAGAAGAAGGACUAUGUCUUCAGACUGACGCUGAGUGACAGCAGUCAGUACCUCUUCUCAGCUCCCAGCCAGGAGGUGCUGCAGUGCUGGGUCGAGAGACUGCAGCGGAGUGCCAACCCUGAGGCCGGUCCUAUUACCUACAGCUCCCACGGCAAUGUCAAUGGAUCACAGUCGCCCACAUCGCCUACUGGCCUGACACUGCACAGGGCUCCCCUCCCGCGUCCCCGCCCUGCGGCAGGAGAGCGUGCCUCCAGGGGACCAGGCCCCGGCGCUGCUGCAGAGAGACCCAGCAGCAGCAAGGACAUCCUGCCCCGGAGAACCCCGUCUUUUAAAAUGAAGCAGCUGGCCGAGCCCUCAGACCCUCCUGCUGGCGGGCAGCCAGACUCAGAGACUGGCACCACAACCCCAACACCGGAGACGGCGUCUGCUGAAACCCCCCCGUUCCAGGAGCCUCUGGGCACAGAUGUAGGUAAUGAAGAUCUCAUCCUCGCUGAGUCUGUGGAGGGACCCACAAAGAGGAGAGCUCCCAGUCCCCCGCUUUCCAGAGCAGGAGAAGAGAAGGGAUCCAGUGACGGUGCCGAAGUUGCCGUGGGGACGGAACCUCCCCCCAAGCCCCCCCAUACCUACUACAACGUGCACCACUACCCCGCGGGAGGGGAGCUGAAGGGCUUUCCGGACAGAGCGCACAGCCUUUCAGAGCGCCAACCCCAGUCCUCUGCGACUCCUGCACAGAGGAGCCUUUCCUGCAACACGGCGGAGGGCGGCACCAAGGAGAAGCAAAAGAAAGAGAAGAAUGUCUUCAGAAAGCUCUUCAAGAAGUGACUGCUCACCUUGAGGGCGCAGGGGCCACUGACGGACAGCCCCACGGGAAUCUGGACCAACGCAAAAUUUUCAGCACCUGACGGACGAAUCGCUGCAAAGUACGAAAGGCCCUUGGAUUGGCCGUGACUGUUCGUGUUCACUCAAUGCCAUUUCCUCUUAGUCCCUUGCACUCCCUGCAAAUUUCAAAUUCGUAGCAAAUUCGCGAUUUGGACAAACGUGUGAGGAUAAAGGGUUAGGGCCAGCGAUGCAAGAAAUGUCUUGGGCAGUUUGUCACUGUGUGCUGAGUAUCCACCUGCCGCGUAAAAGGAAGUGAAAUCCUUGAUGCCUGGGAAAUUGUUCUUCCAAACCAUGGCAAAGCAAUCAGCACGUCUCGAUUCAGAUUUCUGUCUUUAAAGUACACCACUCUAUAACAAAUUGGACUCGUAUAACAUUGACAAUAUAAUAGUAGCUGGCAAGAAUAACCCUAUCGCAAGAUGGGCUGUGUAAUGUUUGACCUCAAAGUGUAACAGUGGCUCGCCACUUGUAAAGCUGCAUACUGUAUAGGUUAACUAAUUAUAAAGGAAUGUUCACAUUUCUUUUGCAUACCUUGAGGCGAGAAUAUAACAAGCAUUCUUCAACUGACAACAUUACUGUACAUAAAUUGCAUUUGGGAAGAAAACUGUAAACCUUGAGGCUAUGAUGGAAGCCAAAUCGUUUAAUAUCGGGUUUAGAAGAGGAAAGCAUGACUCUGAUUUAAAUCUAGAUUUCUUAGGUACUGAAGCCUUUAAACACCACUUUGUUUUAUACUUCACUUUACCAAACCUGUAAAUAUAGAGAAAUUACAAAAAUCUACUAGAUACAAAGGAUAAUUCAAAUGCUUAAAAUGUCUGGUUUUCUUUUAUGUUUAAUAAACAAGGUGGACGGUGGAUUUCGAUUAAUCAAAA